AUGGCUGGACCCGGUGGAGGCCCUUCAAGGCGCAGCCAUACCAAGUCCCGAAAGGGUUGCAAAACGUGCAAAAGGCGGCAUAUUCGCUGUGAUGAAACAUUCCCGCAAUGCCGCAACUGCACCAAGCACCAGGUUCGCUGCGACUACAUGGACAGUCCAACUGCCAUGAUGCCAGAAUCUCCCCAGUCUCCCCAGCAGCCCAAUCUGCUCUGGACGCCUGAGAUCGAGGCCACCAUCGAACUCUGGAGACAGACGGGAGAGUUUCCUUUCCCCGAGCUUCGAGUGUACCCACAACCGCAAUGGCGCGCCUUAACGACGGUUGAUCUCCGUCUGGUACAUCAUCUUUCUUCUAUCUCGAAUGAAAUGUUCAGGAAUAGGACAUCGAAAUCUACUCUUUGGACCGACAUGAUGCCCAAAUUCUUGAGCAUAGCCGCGACCCAUCCAUUCGUUAUGCACAGCAUCCUCGCAUUCUCUGCCUCGCAUUUGGCGUGGAUCUCUCAGUCUACCGAAACCCGAAACCUUGCAUUCCAUCACGCAAGCCUUGCUCUCAAGGGAUUGCACGACGGCAUCACCAACUUUACUAAGCACAAUUCGGACGCAGUGCUUGCGGCGUCUCUCCUGCUUGCCUGGCAGGCGACAGACUGGCGAGGCUGGGCUUCUCUGGUCACAGGCACGAAGACCGUCAUCCAAUCUAUGCAGCCCUGGAGGCAUGAGUCUCUAUUCGCUGACUACAUUGCCGAGCACACUCCUAUGCCAAACCGACAUUUCAUGAACCCCAUCAGUACUCCAAUAUCUCCCGAAGCACGAAGAGAGCACAUGAACGCCCUGGUCGAUAUUCACGCCUCCUUGCAACGAUUGCAGCCCUACCUCGUCCGUAACGAACAGGAAUCGAAAUGGGUCGAUCAGCUAAAGGGCUAUCUCGACCGCCUGAGAUCUUCCAGCCAGCCGCAAAGCCCCGAGGAACAAUUCAACCAGCUGUACGCAUUACGGAAGUGGCUAUUCUGGGUUCCCAUUUCACUUCUCGCGGCCAAACGGGGGGACGUCAAUGUCCUGGUGGUUCUCGCGCACUUUUACGCUACCGCACUAGCCUUGGAGCCGAUGUUCCCGGAUGUUGCAUCAGUCUUUGUCGCGGAUCUUUCCCUUCGUCCAUUGGAAGAGAUCAACAAUCUGGUUCAAGGUUUCCAAGACCCACGAUACGAUUCACGGCUGCAGACCAUGUCGUAUCUAGUGCAGUUCCCAAUUGAUAUGGUUUCUUCGUACAAGACUAGGCGGGAAUGGUCACGGCAGCAAAUGUCGUCCAUCUCUCCGAUGCAGCAGCAAUCUGCAUACGCACUGGAGAGCAUCAAUCUGGAUCUGGAGAACCAUAUCGCGCAGUACAGCUACGGCCAAAGCCUCUCCCCUGCCUUUGCUCCUUCACCACUUACAUUCCUUCCCUCUGGCAUGACUUCUGCACCAACGUCACCGUACCUUGAAGUCCCCCGAUCUGGUACUGUCGACGCGUACGGCACAGCUAGCAGCUAUGCAUCCUCGAGUAGCUACGCGUCUCCGCUGGGGUCGCCUGCAGCACUGCUACCGCCUUAUUCGGCCCCACAAGAACAUGCAUUCGCAUUUGGAAUGCAAUCUGGUUAUCCCAGCGGGAACCAAAUGACUAGUCCGAUGCAGAUUGUCGCUUCUCAACCUCAUCAUCAUAGUCCUAUGCCUGAUGCUGGAAACGCUCAAGGCCAGGCGACCACUGCGGGGUACGUACCGAGCCAGUACAGUCACGCCUGA